UCAACAUCUAUCCCUCAGCCAUCCGAGCCGGUCUCCUCUCCCCCCCUGCGUCCUCAAUCUCUUGUGUCUUUGCUCCCUCUCCUUCAGAAGCUUUCGUAUCUCAGCGCUCAGGUAGCACUCAUCCAUCUCAGUCAACAUGUUCGCCCACAAGUCUAUCCUCAUCGUCGCCGUCAUUGCUGCGGCAACUUCGGUUUUUGCUGCACCGGCUCAGUCGGACUGCGAGUACCAACCGGAUCUCGCCUCGGUCGCCUGCCUUCGUGACAACCCAAAUCACCGCCGCGAUGUUGCAGUCAUCUACGACCUCCGCGAUAUCGACGAGGCAGCCACCUUCUUGCGUCGUGCUGACGCACUCAAGGUGAUGCGCCGAGGUGUCGAGGAGAUGCAUGAGCGCACCGAAACGGUCACUCUGGCCCAGAACGACAAGGGCUCCUCCAUCGGCGAAUCAUGGCACGCUGGCAACGGAAAUGGCGGGAACUCCGUCGCCCAGGAAGCUUAUGAAGGCGACCAAGGCGGUUCCAACAUCGGCAGCUCCUGCCACUUCGGCAACGGUCGUAGAGCCAUGAAGUGUGUCUCAUCCGGCCAGAACAUCGGCGUUAAACGUGCAAUUGCCGAUGUGGAUCUGCCCAACUUGCACGCUCGUCUCGGCCGUGAAGACUUUGCCAACAAGAUCCUGAGCCGAGCUAACGGCAACCAGAUGAUCACGACCGACAGCAAUGUGGGUAAUGACUGUCACUUUGGCAACACGCGUCGUGAAGAGGCUACAGUCGUCUGCGAGCAAAAGCCAUGGGUGAAGAACAUCUACGGCCAAAACCAGCCGGACUCUAUCAACAUCGGACCCAAGGCUCGUGCUAAUAUCGACGCUGGCACCGGGCACGAUAAUACGAUGACCAACACAGAUGCCAACACCGGCAACCAGUGCCACUAUACUAAUCGACGAGAUGCCGCUGUAAAGUCAGAGGGCCCUGAUGGCACUGUCUUCACCUGCACUCAGACGACCUCGCUCAAUUACGGUGGUAUGGGAGGCGACCACACUCUUGUGCAAAGACCCGGCCCUUCCGCCAAGCGCAGCGUGCGCCGCGAUGCGCGCAUCGAGUACGACCUGCGUCGAGCGACCGACGUUGUCAAAUUCCACCUGAGGCGUGCCGAGUGGGUCGGUGCUGACCAGACCUGGAAGCGCGAGCAGAAGUGCGACGGUACCCCCAUCGGCGGCAACGGACCCACCGUGACCCAAGUCGUCCCUCGUGCUGCGCCAACCAGCAGCUUCUUCGCUCGCAGUGGCUUCAACGCGCUCCGACCUCGCUGCGACCCCAUGCCUGUUCAGGGUUCUGGAGCCAAGACCGUCGUGGUGAAGUACAACGACUGGAUCAAGCAGCACCCCGAGGCAGCCUAAACGCCCGGUCGAGCUCGAUACGACGACCACAUUCUGAAGAAUUCCCGAAGAUGCAUCCCCAAUAUUGUCACCCAAAUGCCUUGUCCCUUUCCAUUUAAUGACAAACGAUUGACGCCCCGACGCAUGGCAGAAGAGGACCAACCCCAUCAUGAUGAUGGUCACCAUCUCAAUCUAGGAAACGUACACACCUCAGAGAUCCCCACCUUGAUGAGCUAGCCUUCCAUAGUACUGCG